CGAUUUAGUUGCUUGUAACCUUGGAAAAAAAUUGUAAAAAGAAAAGACAGCAUCGGAGAAAGUGUAAUCGUAGCAGAUAAUCAAUUGCCAUGGAAACAGUACCAGUUGGGAAACUUAAGCUUGUUCCAACAGAUUGGGAAGAUGACAUGAAGAUGACAGUGAUGUUUGCACCAUUCCGAGACAAAAAUCUGAAUCCUCGUGCUUGGGAACAGAAAAUGAAAUUCUGGAUGGAGACUAUUGUAGAAGAAAGCAAACAGUCGAAGGAAGCAUUUGUAGAUGUUUUGAGCUUAAGAGAGAAGUUCCUGAGGAAUGGAAAGUCACCUUCUUGUUUUGAGAUGGUGUUGCAAGAAAUGGAAAAAAAAGGUCUUGUACGGCGAUUGUCUGACAUAAACAAUGAAACAGCCACCGGUUGGUUGUCCUGGGGUUACGAAAAGUUGGUGAAGCAACCAGUGGGCUGGAGCCUGAAAUGGUUUUCAGGGAAACAAGAAACAAAGCUGAACCAAUCACCUGAAAAGUACAUUGUUGUUGAUGUCAUAAAGCAAAAGGGAGCAGAAUUGAUUGAGCUACGUCAGCGACUUCAUCAGGCUGAGAAGUCUGGCAUUGUAGAGUACACAAUAUUGCGAAAUCAGCACCGGGAAAUGUGUGCCUCUGAUCUGGAGUUUGACCUCAUAAUGAGGCAUCUUGAGUCGACAUCCCAGAUUGUAAUCCAGCUCGAUGAAAACAACUCAAAGCUAGUGAAGUUCAUUGAAAAGGAGUCAGUAAGUUCUUCAAUAGACGAGCAAGAUCUUCACAUUCACAGGAUACAGAAAGCCCAUGGUGAGCUGAAGAACAAGAUAGAAAUACUCCUGAAAGAGGUCAAAAGAUUGGCAGCUGAAGCGAUUUCUUACAAGCAAAACGGAAUGAAUAAACUGGCCAUAAGUUGCAUGCGUAAGAGGAAGCUGGCAUUGGCGCGAGUGGACAAGUUGACGGGGUCCAUGGACACACUGGACGACAUUCUACACCGUAUCAAAGAGGCAGAGUCCAAUGAAAUGAUAAUUAAAGCCAUAGCAGGUGGUACAAGCGUGUUGCAAGGCCUCCAUUCUAGAACAGGAGUGGACGAUGUUACAUCUGUCAUGGACAAUCUGGCUGAUGUCACUCAGACUCAGGACGACAUCAUGGCCGAACUGAACACCUCCACCUUCGUGGAUGAGUCUUCACAGGAGGAGCUAGAAGAUGAGCUGUCAAUCAUUCUGAGGGAGGACAUGCCUUCCAGGAAACAGGCCACACACCCUGGGAUGAUUGACUCCGCCUUCAAGGGGGCUCAUGAGGGCGCUGAUGAAUGGGAUCUGCAUAGAGAGUUGGAAGAGAUCCUCAAUGAAUCCAGUGAAGGGAUUACAGACUUGGAUAAAAUGCUAGAUGAUCUUAAACUGCCUGAUGUACCCCAGAGUUCUCCAGGUAGAAUACCUGGCAAACAGUUGCUGACAUCUUGACGGAAAAUAUUUGGAAAAAUGAGAUGUACCUGACUUGUUCUGACUUACAAUUUUAUUAUGGCUGAGAUGGAGGUGAAUUCUUACAUCCCGACCACAAUAUUAAAAAAAAAUUAUGUUUGUGCGUUUUCAAAAAAUGCCUUUGAUUGACACAUUAAUGCAUGGAUAACUGAGUUGGAAAAAAGUGAUUUGUGUCGGUCAUUUUCUUAUGUGAUUGUGUUUAAUUCUUUAAAUUAUGUCUCACAAAUAAUUAUGAUUUCACAGUAAAUCAAAGUCUGAUAAAAGUUUAUAGUAUAGAGAGGUAGAUCAAAUAAAACAUUGCUUCCAUUCUGACUCACAGUUUUAUUGAGUAUGAAAAAGAGUAAUAAUCCAUUUAAAGAUAAAUUUAAUAGGUGCUUAUAUUUAGUGCAAUACUGUGUGAUAGAAUAUGAGAUAAGAUUGUCGGCAGUCUGUUUUUUAUACCCCCAGAUCGAAAGAUCGGGGGUAUAUUGUUUUUGGCCUGUCUGUCAUUGUAUGUGUCCGUGUGUGUGUCCCAAAACUUUAACCUUCUUCAUAAAUUUUGCAAUAUUGAACGUAGCAACUUGAUAUUUGGCAUGCAUGUGUAUCUCAUGGAGCUGCACAUUUAGAAUGGUGAAAGGUCAAGGUCAUCCUUCAAGGUUAAAAAAUUUCAAAGCGGCGCAUUAGGGGGCAUUGUGUUUCUGACAAACACAUCUCUUGUUUCAUUUAACAACAAUGACAUACCAAAAUGAAGAAAUAAUUACGUUUGUCAGUACCAAUUGUUUAUAUGUGCUCAACAAUUAAUGGCUGUUUGUAAAAUGUUAUUUUUUCAUUUUUGAAACGAAAGCAUUUCCUAAUAACGACGGUAAAACAUGUAAAUAUACCGUUGAUUGCUACCAAAAAUAUGAAAAUUGGCAUAAAGAUGUAAUUGAAGGGAGACAAUUCGUGCAACCGAAAAUAUAUACACGAGUUGUCUUCCCUAUAAUUAUUGCGAUACAAAAUUGAAUCGGACGUUGCAAUACUGAAACAACUAAAACAUUUCCAUAAUUAAACAUUUUCCAAAGAAAAAAAACUUUUAUAAUGUUCUUUUUAAGUAAUAGGUGUGUGUGUGUGUGGGGGGGGGGGGGUUACUGGUAAUUGUUGGUAUUGCAUGUUGCAAACUGAUUAUACUUAUCAUUUAGUAGUUUGACUAAGCAUCUGUUUACGCAUCGGCGUAUACAAAGUACUAUGGAGUUUUACAUUUUAUGCAGUUAUUUAACGGAAUUAUUCGAAUAUUCUAGCACAAGCUAUUUAAGAUCAUUGUCCUUUAUAACGUCAACACUAAGAAUUUUUAUUUACGACGAAAUGAAACAACAGGUCAUGCCAGACGGGGACCUACACAGUAUAAAUUGUUUAUUUAAUAAUUCGUAAGCUUCGUUUUGUAAAGAAAACAUGUUUAUUGAUAUCGAUUCUUGUUUCAAAAACAUGUAUUUUGCAAUAAAAAUAUGAAAUUGAAA